UUCAUUUUAGUCGUUAACUCUUGAAUAAAAGUUGCGGGGCGAUGAAGGUGGUGGGUUGCUGUCUCUCCAUCCUCAGCCCCAUUUCUUCUAACCAUCCACGUUCAUCACCAUCUUCUUCUUCUUCUUCUUCUUCUGCUUUUCCCCUUCACCCAAUUACAAAACGUAGGUCAAUACUCUUUACUGCAUCAAUAGUAGUGGCGUCUUAUCUUCAACUAUGUCCAAAAUCGCCAUCUCAAUCUGCAAUUGCCCAACAACUGGAUGAAACUCAGCAGGAAGAAGAUCGUGUAGUUCGUCUCUUUGAGGAAACAUCACCAUCUGUGGUUUUCAUCAAAGACCUUGAAAUCAUCAAUAAUCCAAAUAACACCGAUGAAGUAGUAAUGGUGGAUGAUGAGAAAGCAAAAGUUGAAGGGACGGGUUCAGGCUUCAUUUGGGAUACAUUUGGUCACAUUGUGACAAAUUAUCAUGUUGUUGAAAAGUUAGCUACAGAUCAAAAUGGUAGACAACGUUGUAAGAUAUUCUUAGUUGACAAAAAUGGCAACAACUUAUCUAGAGAUGGAAAGAUUGUUGGUGUUGAUCCAUCUUGUGAUUUAGCUGUUCUAAAGGUUGAUAUUGAAGGGAUUGAAGUAAAACCAGUUGAUAUUGGAAGUGCUCAAAAACUAAAUGUGGGACAAAGUUGUUAUGCUAUUGGGAAUCCUUAUGGAUAUGAGAAUACAUUAACCACUGGAGUAGUGAGUGGGUUGGGAAGAGAGAUACCUUCACCAAAUGGAGGUGCCAUUAGAGGUGCAAUUCAAACAGAUGCAGCUAUUAAUUCAGGAAAUUCAGGUGGGCCAUUGCUUGAUUCUCAUGGCCAUGUUAUCGGUGUCAAUACUUCAACUUUUACUAGAAAAGGGUCAGGAAUGUCAUCUGGUGUCAACUUUGCAAUACCAAUCGAUACUGUGGUCAAGAUUGUACCUUACUUGAUUGUUUAUGGAACUGCCUAUAGAGACAGAUUUUGAUAAAUUGUAUUUAUAAUAGCAAUGUAUUUUGAUUCCA